AUGGCUCGUUCCUCCGUCGUCCAAGAAUAUGCCGCGCCCUCCACAACUCUAAGCCUCGACCAGAAGGUCACCCACGAGCGCCAGAUCUACAAAGUACCGCGCCCCCAAGGCUAUCGCGUGUCAUGGCAUUCCAAUCCAGCUGUGGAGCCACACCACUUUGGCCAGUCACAUCCCAUGAAACCAUGGCGACUCACCUUGACCAAGCAGCUGGUCAUGGCGUACGGCAUGCAUCACGCGAUGGACAUGUACCUGGCGCGAGCAGCGACAUAUGAAGAAAUGGCCGACUUUCACGAAACAGAUUACCUCGAUUUCCUGAAACAAGCGAUGCCUGGUGAUGUCGAACGGCCCGAGCAAAGUGACAACGUUAUCCGCUUCAACUUCGGUGACGACUGCCCCAUCUUCAGCGGCCUGUACGAGUACUGUGCCCUGUACGCCGGCGGCACCGUCGACGCAGCCCGCAAGCUCUGCAAUGACCAAUCCGAAAUCGCAAUCAACUGGUCCGGUGGUCUGCAUCACGCCAAAAAGUCCGAGGCCAGUGGUUUUUGCUACGUUAACGAUAUCGUCCUGGGUAUCCUGCAGCUCCUCCGUCACCACCCACGCGUCAUGUACAUCGACAUUGAUGUCCACCACGGCGACGGCGUCGAACAGGCCUUCUGGUCCACAGAUCGCGUGUUGACAGUCUCCUUCCACAAAUACGAUAAAGAUAAUUUCUUCCCCGGCACUGGCGCCUCCGAAGACACGGGUCCCAACCACCCGCUCAAUCCCGGCGCUCACCACUCCAUCAACGUCCCGCUCAAUGACGGGAUAGACGACGAACCAUACAUCCAGCUGUACAAGGAGGUCAUUGGCGCCUGUGUCCGCAAUUACCAGCCCGGUGCGAUUGUGCUGCAGUGUGGCGCCGACAGUCUGGGUUGCGAUCGACUUGGCUGCUUCAAUCUCAAUGUUACCGCUCACGGCGCCUGCGUCGCCUUUACCAAGUUGUUUGGAUUGCCACUUCUCGUUGUAGGCGGUGGAGGCUACACACCGCGUAAUGUCUCCCGUGCUUGGGCGCACGAGACUUCCAUCCUGCUAGACGCUGAUCAGACGAUCGACACGACGAUCCCUGAAUCGGUAGGGUUCCGCAACCACUUUGGUCCGGAUUUCUCACUUUUCCCACCUCUCUCUGAGAUCCGCACCAUCGAAAAUAAGAAUACCCGUGCGUACCUCAAUGAUUUGGUUGAAAAUGUUCAUGAACAACUUCGCUAUAUCAAGGGUGCCCCCAGUGUGCAGAUGAGUUUUAUUCCCCCUGAUAUCCUCGGUUUGCGAGAAGAAACCGAGAAGGAAAUCGAAGAACGCACUGCCAUGAUGGAAGAAGAGUAUGAAGAGCUUAUGGGUGGUGGAUCGGCUGCUGCAUCCAGUAUCAGUCCAGCAGGUGGUCCUGGCUCGACAGGGUCCAUUCCGCGUGGGAACAGGCGGCGUGAACUUGAACGGGGAGCUGGGUACAGAGGCGAGCUAUAUUCUUAA